CCGAGCUUAGAAAAAUCAACCCCGAAAGAAGAAUCAUCCUCCACCAAGACAAUGCAAGCUCGCACACAGCUCAAAAAACAAUGCAGUAUUUAACGGAAGAAAACGUGGAAUUAUUGUGCCAUCCUCCAUAUAGUCCCGAUCUAAGUCCUAACGAUUUCUUUACUUUUCCGAAAAUUAAAAACAGACUGCAUGGUCAAAGGUUUCAGUCACCAGAAGAAGCAGUUGACGCAUUCAAAAAUGCCGUUUUGGAUCUGCCAGUAAACGAGUGGAAUAAGUGCUCCGAAAAUUGGUUCAAGCGCAUGCAGAUGUUUAAUACUUCGAAAAACAAUAAAGUCAUUUAGAUAAAUCACACAACUCUUCCGUAGUUACCAUUCGUGUACUUAAAAAUUUCGUCCAUUACAAGUCUUUAAGGAAUUCUAAAAUAAUUGAAUACUAAAGGAAAACGUUGUU